AUGCAACCUUCACCCCUAUCUCACCCGCGGCCCUCCCUAUUUCAACGGGCGAUCUCGUUCUUCGAUGUCAUGUCUGUACGCGCUGAACGCGUCAGUGAUUUUCUCUUCGUCGAGCCCACCGUUUGGGUCAAUCACUACGCACCUCCCCGGCCCUUGGCAGUCGGCCAAUUCCUGCACUUGGUCCGCCCCGGAGAGUCAGCUGAGCAAGCCCGGAACAUGGCCAUCAUCGUCGCGACUCUCGCGAUCAACCAGGAUUGGAUCACUUUCCUCAUCAUCAAUGAAGAUGAGCUGGGCGAAAUGCGCCUGGCCGAGCUGUGGGUCCCAACAGAGCAUACAGUGAGACGUCGACGGGCCUGGCUCUUCCGCCAUGUGAGGCGCCAGCACCUCCCCGCGAACUGCCCGCCGGACGAGCGCUGGCCGACCAAUUACACCCCUCUCCUCCACCGUGCUGUGUCGCCGAACUUGCCCACGAUGGAGUCGCACUCCAAUGCCUCCACAUCCAACGAGGGGAGCGCUGCGCACUAA